UGGCGGUUGUCUCUGUCUAAAGAGAAUCGGUUGAAUUUUAUUACGUGUUUUAAUUUCCGAAGCGUGCCACAAGGAGUUUUUAUGGAAAACAUAAAGGGAGUGACUUUUAUUACAUGCAUACAAUGCUUGUGAAUUUAAGCAGCAUUAAAUGCCAUGUUUUAUUUGUGAUUCCCACUGUCGGCGUUUGGGUUUUUUGUGGAUCUUAAAAUAGCACUGAAGCGAUACCGGAUGUUUAUAGCAGACGACGUUUUGUCAAAACUGUCAAAAUGGAAGAAAAAAGAAAACGCAAUCCCAACUUUUCGCUGCAAGAUUCCUUGCUUCUUACCCAAAUAAUGGGAGAGACGCAUCCCGACUUCCAUGAUAUGGACAUGUCUUUCCACAAGGUUGAUAAGGCUAGAUUCAGCAAUCGAAUCAGCAAAGCAACAAAGAAUGCACUGUGGGUGGCAGUUACUGAAAAUUUCAAUGCAAGAGCCCAGUUUAGAAGGGAGCAAUCCAUUUUGGAGAAAAAAUGGGAAAAUCUACAAAGGGAUCACAGAAAUCUGUACAUGGAUUUUCAAAGAGAAAUUUCAUUGACAGGGCGAGGUCCAAUUGGCAGAACAUUGUCUGUCCUCACAGAGGCAGUAAUUGAUGUUAUUGGAAAGCAGAGUGCGGCAGUUGUUGGGGCAGCAGGAGCAGCAUAUGACUCAACAUUGGCCUCACUUAUGCUUCCUCAACAGUUUGACGUAUGUGACAGUGAAGAAAGAUCAUCAGUAUCGGAUGGUCCAAUCUUCAAUGUAAUGGAUCUUGUUCCAGUAAAACCUUCCCAAAGAGUCCAAUCAUGUUCAACAACAACCAGUACAUUGCCAAGCCCAAAUCAAGCGCACUGUUGCUGUUGUAGUGACUCUGAAAUGAGAGCCUUAAAGAAGAGAAAACUAGAGUUGCAGAUAAAGUUUUAUGAGAGACAACUUAAAUUGUAAAAUGACAUAUUAGUUAGUGUUUCUUUGUUAGUUUUUCAAUAAUCUUUUUUGCAGCGAUGGCCUC